ACUGAGCGGUGGUACUCCUUCUUGACACCUUCCUUUGUUUGUCCAUCGUACCGUUCGCACAGAUCAAAGUGCAUAGUGCAGAAUCAGCUUCGAGACGUGAGUAGCGGCUGAUACUCGUUCAAAAAGCUCAACUUGAGGGAUGUUCGCUGAUUCCCUUCUGCCAACUCACAACGCCCGCUUUACCACUGCAUGACGCGACACUUCCUCAACCACGGCGAUGAUGACGACGACGAUAGUGGCCUCAGCGACCUUGAUCUGCCAGAUAUCUGCGCCAGUCCACCCUACUACGACGAUAGCGGCGAGCCUUCUCUGGAGUCAGACAUCGGGAACGGCCUCAUCAGCGACGACGACGACCUUCUCAAGAGCUCUUUGGCAGUUGCGGGCACGAGCGACGAAUCACGAAGGCUCAGGCUUGACUCAUUCGACUGUGGCGGUCUAACUCCUUCGCUGCUGACCGUCGAAUUGGAGGACCAAGCGUCUGACCAGCCCGCGCUCGACUCAAACGGCCUGGAUCAUCCGUCGAGAGCUACGAUCGGUGACACCAGGAAAGCCUCCAUGAGGCGCACCGCAGUCUCCCCGACGGGUGACUCGACGCCCACUCUCCGUGCUAUGUCACUGCAUGACGAGCCCAGCGUCGAUCACUCUGCAGCACAGCAGCAGCCAAGCCAAUCUAGUCUUCCAUUGCACCAGCUUUCUCCACGAAGCUUCGCAGCUGCCGUCCUCGGACCGUCUGCCUCCCACUUGCCGCUGCCUGCAACCGGCAGCACCCACUACUCACCUUGGAGCGCAUCCCACGCCGCAGCAGCUGCCAACCCUGCCUGGCUUGCUGCGGCCCUUCCCGGUUUCUCCGAGGGAUGGACGCCCAGCAUCGGACCAGCAGUGGGCUCGUCUUCCUCCGAUCCCAUGAACGAUGGCAGUGGCAGUGGCACAGGCUUGGUCCCGCUCGAAGGGCUACGCGAGGCGGCAGCCAGGUUCGCACAAAGUGAGGACCUGCACGACUCACCGCCUCAGGCCGACUCACCUGGGAGCGAUACGUCCAGCACCGCAACCGUGACUGCGCGUACGGCCGCGGACGUCACUCCUCCGGCUCGCACACGACCUCUUGCCGCCCCCUCUUCCUCGACCAAUCGCCAGAUCACCCUGCCUAUUCGUCUACCUCCGCCGGCUCUAACAAUCUUGUCCGACCCAUACGCCGACCUGACUCUCCACCUCAAUCGGCAUGGUCUGCGCUCAGAGGCAGAGACGCUGGGGAAGAUGCCGCCAGACUUUAUCCUGCAUAAUUAUCUCACCAUCAAGGGAGGGCCGGUAGGUUUUCUGGAGCAGACGAUGCGACUGGUCGAAAGACAUGGACCCGAGAUGGGAAGACAGAUUGGCGCUGCGGCGAGACGGCAACAAGGCAAUCCGGGGCCAGGGGAGGGCGACCGUCUCCCCGAGGCGGUGCUGCUCGACACACAGAUGCUUGACGCUGAUGCGAUAGCUAGUGGACUACUGCCAACUCACUUACUGGUCGUGACGCCCUGUCUGCCGCUAUCAGGGCCCACCUCCUCUUCCGCCGGCUCAAGCACACCAACGCCUUCAAGUGCAAUCAGCUCGAGCCCCCCGUCCCAUCAGCAACACGUCAUCCUGCCAAUCCACUCUCUCCUCUACGUUCUGCAGUGCGUUUCCCUCCCACCCCUACCGCGCUCAAGCGUACCUACUAGCUCCUCACCAGCUGGUGAGACGCUCGAGAUACCCGUGGUAUCCCUCAAAGUGCCACGUCCGGCCUUGUUCAGCUUGACGCAUCGCUUCGUCUACUCGCACGACACUCAGGCAUUGUUAAUGGACCUGGCACCACUGGAGAGAUUGGCAGCGAUCUUGCGGGCGAGAGCGGGCGGCGAAAGGGCGUCUCAGGGGGCCGCUCCAUCCUCGUCAUCCUCGACGCCGCCCAUUAUGAUUCCUCGACCCUCCAGGUCAGAGUGUCAAACUCUCCUCGCGCAUCAUUGUCCUGCUGCGGAGCUACUAGGCUACGCGCAGAAGGUGCACGGCGCCUGGGCUAAUGGAGUGGCUAUUGGACUGACAACGACUGUGUAUUGGCGAACAUUGGAGCGCGCAUGGGAGCUGGUGGUAGGGGCAUUGCGUAUUCAGCAGAGUGAGAGGAGCGGGACAGGUCCGAGAGGAGGAAAGGGGAAGACGGCGAUGACGACGAGAGCAUUGGGCAAGAAGAGAGGCCACGUAGUCCCCGGCCAAGGGAUCUCACGUGAAUCGUACCAAGUGCACGGGCCUCCUGCUAUGGCAGCAUCAAGGCGACAGCGACGUGCUGGCGGGAAUGGGAGUAGGUCAGCGGUGGAGGGAGGAGGCGUGUCAGUUGAGAAAGGGGGCACACCCAAGCCCAGAGGAGCCUCAUCACCAUCGAGUAGCCAUAGUCGCAGGCAGCAAUCAUCGGCCGGAGGCCUUUGAUCACUUUGACUACUUGAUGAGCCAACCAUGAAUAGCAUAUACCCAUCUCAGCUUCGACAAAGACGCCGAGGAAGUGUGAAGU